AGACGGACGUUUCGGGUCGCGCCUUUCAUAGGAAGAGAAUUAGCGUUCCGGGCGACGCCGACCCCACCACAGUUCCGUGGUGAGAGAGGCGAAGAAGCCGGGGACAUCGGCCACCCUCCUCGUCCCGUGCGCGCGCGCCAAAGCCCCGCUGCCUGAGCCCUGCCAUGUGCGCUGCGCUCCGCAAACUCAAGAGCGUCAAGUUGAGAGCCCUACACAGCGAGUGCAAGUUCGGCGUGGCGGCCCGGAGCUGCCAGGAGCUGCUGCACAAGGGCUGCGUCCGCUUCCAGCUCCCGGUGUCCGGCUCCCGGCUGUGCUUGUACGAAGAUGGCACGGAGGUGACCGACGACUACUUCCCGGGUCUCCCCAACGACGCCGAACUCCUGCUGCUCACUGCUGGCCAGACUUGGCAGGGCUAUGUGAGUGACAUCACUCGCUUCCUCAGUGUGUUUAAUGAGCCACAUGCCGGGGUCAUCCGGGCUGCAAAGCAGCUGCUGUCGGAUGAGCAGGCCCCACGGAGGCAGAAGCUGCUGGCUGACCUUCUGCAUCAUGUCAACCAGAACAUCUCUGCUGAGACCCGGGAGCAGGACCCAUCCUGGUUUGAAGGUUUGGAGUCUCGAUUCAGGAACAAGUCUGGCUACCUGAGAUACAGCUGUGAGAGCCGGAUCCGGGGCUACCUGAGAGAGGUGAGUGCUUACACCUCUGCAGUGGAUGCAGCGGCCCGAGGAGAAUUCGAGCGGGUCCUUAGCUUCAUGAGCCAGAAGCUCAAGUCUGUGAAGUACCACGGCAGCUACUUCGACAGGGGUGCAGAGCCCGGCAGCCGUCUCUGCACCCCAGAAGGCUGGUUUUCCUGCCAGGGCCCCUUUGAUAUGGAUAGCUGUCUUUCCAAGCACUCCAUCAACCCCUAUGGCAACAGGGAGAGCCGGAUCCUCUUCAGCACCUGGAACCUGGAUCAUAUAAUAGAGAAGAAGCGCACCGUGGUGCCCACACUGGCUGGAGCCAUCCAGGACGGGCGGGAGGUGAACUGGGAGUACUUCUACCGUCUGCUUUUCACCGCCGAGAACCUGAAGCUGGUGCACAUCGCCUGCCACAAGAAGACCACUCACAGGCUGCAGUGCGACCACAGCAGGAUCUACCGGCCCCAGAAACGGUCCAAGAAGAAGUGGCCUGCUCGGAAGCGCCAGUGACACACACCAGGCCCUCUGUGAGGCAACUGCAGGGGUGAUGGACUAUUAUGUUUACAUUCUGCCACUCUAGAAGGUUCUAGAAAAGACUUUAAGAGUCUUUGUGACGGAUCUGAUCUGAGUAUCUUCUCAGUUUGCUUCCUCAACCUCUGGUCUGGCAGCCCAGUGUAGAGAGGACAGUGCUGUGUGCUGCCCGUGUCCCCGUGGUAGAGUCUUCAUGCCCAUGGCUGCAGGGCUGAACCUGGCCUCUGUGGUAUGAGGGAUGGUAUGUGUUAGUUUGUGUCUCAGCUUUCAUGGCCUCCAUUUCCACUGCAAAUGGCAGCUCUGACUACAUUCCUCUGAAAGAGAUGGUGCUUCUGGGGUAGAUGUUUGCAUUUCAUAAGGAACAUGGAGGAUGUUCUCUGCUGAACUGUUUUAAAUAGCAGAAGGUGAGAAGCCUUCCAGAUGUCUCCUGGUGAGAACAGCUGACUGGGGCAUUAUCUUGAGCCAUGGGAAAUUGCUACAUUUCACUGCUUAAAUAAUGGCUGUCUAUCAUGAAUCUCAUGACUCAACACUUAUACUUGUUUGCACAACUGGAGCAGGUUUAAGCUUUUGUGUGUAGAAAUGGGAAGCUGGUAAAAGCACGGAUGGCUUACCUGUGCAGAGAAUGACCUUGAAUUCAUGAUACUUCUGCCUCAUCCCUAGAGCUGGGAUUACAGGCGUGUACUACCACACCUGGUAUUUGGCUUUGUAAAUGUGCGUCAGUUUGUGCAGAGACAGUCAGAAGAAAUGCCACCCUGUGAAAGCAGUGAUCCUGGGGUAUUCAGCUGGAUGAGACCCAGUUACCAAAUACUAAUUUCCUGCAUCAUGUAUUUUAUAGUACUUGAUUUAUUUUGUUUUGUUUUUUCCUUCUGAGAUGGGCUCUCACUAUGUAGCUCUGGCUGGCCUGGAACACACUAUUAGAUCAGCUUAGCCUUGAACUCAGAGUUUUGCCUCUGCUUUCUGAGUGCUGGGAUUAAAGGUGUGUGCUACCACGCCCCAUCUUGAGUUUUUUUUUAAAUGAAGAUUUUAUAUAUUUUAUAAUGUUUGGAUUUUUACCAUAUUUUAAUUACCAUCUUUGCCAUAUAAUCAGAAAAACAAUAAAGAGUUUCCAAAAUA